AAUGUUAGCAUGGAGACCAUGAACACAAGGAGUUAGGAGACAUUUUCGUAGCAGAAAGUCGGCAUGUUGCGGGUGUGUGAGAAACUCCGUGAGGCGGACGAGAAGGGCAGGAGGUACGGACUAGCCCGGGCGGAGACAGGCUACCUCCGUGCCCUGGUGGACGCCAUGGCCGACACGGACAGGCUGGCGGAAGUGGAGCUGCUCAAAACUCUGGGCGACGUCAACGUGGAGAAGGGAAGACUCGGGAAGGACGAGGGGAAGUUCAACACAGCCUUGGCUAUUUACAUUGCUGCUAUGGUGCGGUGUUACCAUGAAGAACAGGCAGAUGGUAUAGAACACCGCUACUACUACACAGAGAGGCUUUUACAAGGGCUGUCGUCACAGGGUAAGGAACAGCCGACUGAAGACAAGGAGACGACUACACCUGCAAAGGUAGCGGCAAAGUUUCAAGCCCUGGACAAGAGACGGGCUACCGGAGGUAACACUGACUCUUUGCUGGUUGGAUACGCACAGGUGAUGGUAGAGGCGAUAGUAAACGACAACGAUAUGUUAGAAACAGAAGCGAUCAAGAGUCUGGGUGACGUGUACCUGAAAAGAGGAACAGAAACUGGAGACACUAGAGACUUGACCAGAGCUACUGCUCUGUACAACAGGGCACUGGCGCGGUGUCACAACGUUCAUGGAACAGUUGUCAUUGUUCACCGCUUACUGCACACCGCAAAGAUCAGACAAGACAUCACCAGAAGAAACAAGAAACAACAAGGCUUUAGAGGACGAAAGGGCCACUUCUCUGCCCUCUCAGCUGCACCCUCUAGCGACGGAACCACCUGUCAAGUUGACAAUGACAUAUCAUACCGCAGGUACAUCCAUACAGCGGACCGUGACUUGGGAAAUGGAGACCUGGACGCAGCAGAGCAGAACCUCGUAGCCGCUUCGAAACUUGUUCAUGAUCGCAGUAAACCCAACAAGGCUAAAGAAGCCGACUGUCUGUACAGGUUGGGUGACGUCUACGUCGAGCGAGGUAAGCGGACAGGAGAAGGUAGGAAAUUCACACAGGCGGCAGCUCUGUAUAAUGCCUCCAUGGCCAGAACAGAUGGAGACAAACAAAACAUGGUAUCGAAACUGCAAGAAACAGAAAGGCGAUUUCUGAGAAACACCUGUAACCUUGACUGUGAACCGUGCCCGUAUAGCAGCGCGUUAGAUCACAUAAAGAAACUGGACAACUCGCGCGCCCGUGCAAACUCUCAGCUGGAAGCAGUUCAUGAGGAACACAACCCUUAUCAGUAUGAUGAAGACGAUCCCGUCGUGAGAGAGGUAGAGAUCAAACGAGCUGAAAAAAUCAAGAACUUGUUCAAGACCAUCACAGUUGAAAGACGAGAGUUUAUCCAAGUACUGACAGAUGAAUGCAUUGCCAAACUGGGACCUCCUCCCUGUAAGUACGCUUUCAUCGGCAUGGGGUCACAGGCCACAGAACUGGUGACGCCGUACUCCGACCUGGAGUUCGCCAUUCUGAUUGAGGAGGGGAAGGAUGAUGAUGAUGAUAUAGGAAGGUACUUCCUAAAUCUCACACACUACUUACAUCUAAAAGUCAUCAACCUUGGGGAAACCAUCCUCCCAGCCAUGGCCAUCCCGUCACUCAACGACUUUCUCUCAGAAGACCCAGAGAAAAACUGGUUCUACGACUCCGUCACACCUCGCGGCUUCGCCUUCGACGGCUUCAUGCCAUGGGCUUCUAAGACUCCGUUUGGAAGAGACCAAACCAAAAACAAACCUCCCGUUAGUCUCAUCCAGACUCCUGCCAAGUUGGCCGAGUAUCAGAAUCUCAGAAUCGCCCUGGCGGAAGGCUAUCACCUGUCAGACAUCCUCAGACGGGUGACCUACUUAACAGGGGAUGAAUCUUUGGUAGAUGAAUAUACAAUUAUUGUCAACAAAAGCGUAGACCGUUCCCCUAUUCUGUCACGGUUGUCAGCAAUGACAAUACUGAAGGAUAACAUUCGGGAAAUAAACAAUGUUGAACCGACGGCACAGUUUUUGGAUGUCAAGAAAGAAAUCUACCGUUUUCCCAGCGUGGCCGUUGAUGUGUUGAGUAUUUGCUGCGGUAUCACGAUCGCAAGUGUGUGGGGAAUGAUAGAAGAGUUACACAAGACACAGCGGAUCAGUCACGAAGAUGCCCACCACCUGACUGUACUGAUCAGCAUCUCAGCGGAGCUACGGUUAAGAACGUACAUUGCCAACGGAGGACAGAAGGACAGACUGUCUCCUCUCACGGAGAUGAAAACCGAACUGGGCAAACAUGACGUAGAUGACACCGUCGUUGAAUCAGUUUUCCACAUACCGGACUCUAAAAUGUUGUUCAGGUACUACUAUACAGCCAUUCCAUUAAAAAGAUGUAUUAUUGAUACUGUCAAAAUUAAGAAAGAUCAAAGCACAAAGAUAUUCCCAACAGCUAUCUUUGACACCUCAUCUCAAACUAGGGGUAGAAUAACACAACAGCUGUUGCAGUUUAACGCAUCCAGAAAAGCUAUUAAUUAUCACGAACAGUCACUGAAGAUGACGAAAGCUAUCUAUGGCGAAACAACGCCACAUCCCGACAUUGCUGGAUCACUAAACAAUAUUGGGACAUGUUGGAGUGACCUUGGUGAUCAGAGAAAAGCUACCAGUUAUUACGAACAGUCACUGAAGAUGAUGAAAGCUAUCUAUGGCGAAACAACACCACAUCCCGACAUUGCAUCAUCACUAAACAAUAUUGGGACAUGUUGGAGUGACCUUGGUGAUCAGAAGAAAGCUAUCAGGUAUUACGAACAGUCACUGAAGAUGGAGAAAGCUAUCUAUGGUGAAACAACGCCACAUCCCGACAUUGCUAAAUCGCUAAACAACUUUGGGAACUGUUGGAAUAGCCUUGGUGAUCAGAAGAAAGCUAUCAGGUAUUACGAACAGUCACUGAAGAUGAUGAAAGCUAUCUUUGGCGAAACAACGCCACAUCCCGACAUUGCUAGAUCACUAAACAACAUUGGCGCAUGUUGGAGUGACCUUGGUGAUCAGAGAAAAGCUAUUAGUUAUUACGAAAAGUCACUGAAGAUGAUGAAAGCUAUCUAUGGCGAAACAACGCCACAUCCUGACGUUGCUAAAUCACUACACAACGUUGGGAACUGUUGGAGUGACCUUGGUGACCAGAGGAAAGCUAUCAGGUAUUACGAACAGUCACUGAAGAUGACGAAAACUAUCUAUGGCGAAACAACGCCACAUCCCGACAUUGCUAGAUCACUAAACAACAUUGGUAAAUGUUGGAGGGACCUUGGUGAUCAGAGAAAAUCUAUUAGUUAUUACGAAAAGUCACUGAAGAUGAUGAAAGCUAUCUAUGGCGAAACAACGCCACAUCCUGACGUUGCUAAAUCACUACACGACGUUGGGAACUGUUGGAGUGACCUUGGUGACCAGAGGAAAGCUAUCAGGUAUUACGAACAGUCACUGAAGAUGACGAAAACUAUCUAUUGCGAAACAACGCCACAUCCCGACAUUGCUUCAUCACUAAACAACGUUGGUAAAUGUUGGUGGGGCCUUGGUGAUCAGAGAAAAGCUAUCAUUUAUUACGAAAAGUCACUGAAGAUGAGGAAAGCUAUCUAUGGCGAAACAACGCCGCAUCCCGACAUUGCUAGAUCACUAAGCAACAUUGGGGCAUGUUGGAGUGACCUUGGUGAUCAGAGGAAAGCUAUCAGUUAUUACGAACAGUCACUGAAGAUGAGGAAAGCCAUCUAUGAGAGUGAGGUCGCCAUGUUGCGGGUGUGUGAGAAACUCCGUGAGGCGGACGAGAAGGGCAGGAGGUACGGACUAGCCCGGGCGGAGACAGGCUACCUCCGUGCCCUGGUGGACGCCAUGGCCGACACGGACAGGCUGGCGGAAGUGGAGCUGCUCAAAACUCUGGGCGACGUGAACGUGGAGAAGGGAAGACUCGGGAAGGAUGUGGGCAAGUUCAACACAGCCUUGGCGCUUUAUCUGACUGCUAUGGUGCGGUGUUACCAUGAAGAACAGGCAGAUGGUAUAGAACACCGCUACCACUACACGGAGAGGCUUUUACAAGGGGUGUCAUCACAGGGUAAGGAACAGACAACUGAAGACAAGGAGACGACUACACCUGCAAAGGUAGCGGCAAAGUUUCAAGCCCUGGACAAGAGACGGGCUACCGGAGGUAACACAGACUCUUUGCUGGUUGGAUACGCACAGGUGAUGGUAGAGGCGAUAGUAAACGACAACAGCAUGUUAGAAACAGAAGCGAUCAAGAGUCUGGGUGACGUGUAUCUGAAAAGAGGAACAGAAACUGGAGACACUAGAAACUUGACCAGAGCUACUGCUCUGUACAACAGGGCACUGGCGCGGUGUCACAACAUUCAUGGAACAGUUGUCAUUGUUCACCGCUUACUGCACUCCGCAAAAAUCAGACAAGACAUCACCAGAACCAAAAACAAGAGGUCAACACGUGUCCAAAAACAACAAGACGUGAGAGGACGGAAGGGCCACUUCUCUGCCUUCUCAGCUGCGCCCUCUAGCGACGGGACCACCAGUCAAGUUGACGACAUAUCCUACCGCAGGUACAUCCAGACGGCAGACCGUGACGUGAGAAAUGGAGACCUGGACGCAGCAGAGACGAACAUAGCAGCCGCCCUGAAGCUGGUUCACGAUCGCAGUAAACCCAACAAGGCUAAAGAAGCCGACUGUCUGAGCAGGUUGGGUGACGUCUACGUCGAGCGAGGUAAGCGGACAGGAGAAGGUAGGAAAUUCACACAGGCGGCAGCUCUGUAUAACGCCUCCAUGGCCAGAACAGAUGGAGACAAACAAAACAUGGUAACAAAACUGCAAGAAACAGAAAGGCAGUUUCUUAGAAACACCUGUAACCUUGACUGUGAACCGUGUACGUAUAGCAGCGCGUUAGAUCACAUAAAGGAACUGGACAACUUGCGCGCCCGUGCAAAAUCUCAGCUCGAAACAAUUCAUCAGGAACACAACCCUUAUCAGUAUGAUGAAGACGAUCCCGUCGUGAGAGAUGUAGAGAUCAAACGAGCUGAAGCAAUCAAGAACUUGUUCAAGACCAUCACAUUUGGAAGACGAGAGUUCAUCCAAGUACUGACAGAUGAAUGCAUCGCCAAACUCGGACCUCCUCCCUGUAAGUACGCUUUCAUGGGGUUGGGGUCACAGGCCACAGAACUGGUGACGCCGUACUCCGACCUGGAGUUCGCCAUUCUGACUGAGGAGGGGAAGGAUGAUGAUGAUACACGGAGGUACUUCAUAAAUCUCACACACUACUUACAUCUAAAAGUCAUCAACCUUGGGGAAACCAUCCUCCCAGCUAUGGCCAUCCCGUCACUCAACGACUUUCUCUCAGAAGACCCAAAGAAAGUCUGGUUCUACGACUCCGUCACACCUCGCGGCUUCGCCUUCGACGGCUUCAUGCCAUGGGCUUCUAAGACUCCGUUUGGAAGAGACGAAACCAAAAGCAAACCUCCCGUUAGUCUCAUCCAGACUCCUGCCAAGUUGGCCAAGUAUCAGUAUAUCAGAAUAGCUCUGGCGGAGGGCUAUCACCUGUCAGACAUCCUCAGACGGGUGACCUACUUAACAGGGGAUGAGUCUUUGGUAGAGGAGUAUACAAGCAUUGUCAACAAAAGCGUAGACCGUUCCCCUGCUCUGUCACGGUUGUCAGCAAUGCUAAUACUUAAGGAUAAUAUCGGACAAAUAGAAAACGUUGAAGCAACGGACCAACUUCUGGAUGUGAAGAAAGAAAUAUACCGUUUACCCAGCGUGGCCGUUGAUGUGUUAAGUAUUUGCUGUGGUAUCACGAUCCCCAGUGUGUGGGGAAUGAUAGAAGAGUUAGAGAAGACACAGCGGAUCAGUCACGAAAAUGCCCACCACUUGACUGUGCUGAUCAGCAUCUCAGCGGAGCUACGGUUAAGAACGUACAUCGCCAACGGAGGACAGAAGGACAAACUGUCUCCUCUCGCGGAGAUGAAAGUCCAACUGGACAAACAUGACGUAGAAGACACGGUAGUUGAGUCAGUUUUCCACAUACCGGACUCUAAAAUGUUGUUCAGGUACUACUAUACAGCCUUUCCAUUAAAAAGAUGCAUUAUGAACACAGUUAAAAAGGAUAAUCAACCAACAACGAUAUUCCCAACAGCCAUCUUUGACAACUCGUCUUAAACCAGGGGUCGAAUAACGCAUCAGCUUUUGCAGU